AUGUCAACCAGCGGCUUAGAUGCGGAAAAAAUCGAAUCAAAUCAAGAAGAACGAACGGCCAAUGUUCAUCGAGCUGAUUCACUGAAUUUACUGAUUUUUACCACACUUCUUGUUAUUGUUGUUUUAACAAUAUGGAUAUUUAAACGACGAAAUUUCCGUUAUAUACAUGAAACAUGUCUUGCAUUGAUUUAUGGUUUUAUUAUUGGAGCUAUUCUUCGUCAUACUAGUACAUCAAAUGCAAAGCCAAGUAUAUUAAGAUUGAAUCAAACAUCCCUACCGAAAAAUACAGUACCCAAUUGGAUCUCUAUUGAAGAUCAAAAUGUGUCAGCAACAUAUUUAUAUUCUUUUCAAGGACCAUAUCAAAAAGAUGCAAUACAUCUUGAAGAAUAUAAAGUUGUUUUUUUUAAUAUGAAAUUAAAUAUUUGA